UAAAAACACAAAACCUCACACAGCGAUGGACCGCCCGCGCCUUCGGCCGUACCUUGCGCCUCGACCGGGCGACGAGAGCCAUAUCAAGUGCAAGCGCGUGCGCGAGAUCCGCGCGCUUCGGCGGUUCGUUCUGGACCUCGAGCAGCGCGUUGCAGCCCACCAUGGCCGCCGGUCCUUGUUGCCAUGGGUCGAGGUCGCGACUGCGCUCGCCGCCGCUGUCGCUGACCAGCGCAACGAAACCAUUGCACUGCGCCAGCAGCUUCGAGCCAACGACCGCAUCUGCAAGGCGCUGGCAGCGUGGGUCGACAGCCGGCAGCUUCACACGCCGCCGUGUGCGUUCGCCGAGUCAUGGCGAGACGCGACGCUAUUUGCUGGCGACGAGAGCGCUCGGCGCAUUGGCUGCCAAUGGAUCAUGCACCAAGUCUACGCCAGCACGGCGCGCGAGAUGCAUCGGUUUGCCUUUCCAAACGCGUACACGUCCGCGGUCGAGAUCGACGUGGUCGUGACGCCCUCGUAUGUGCUUGAGAUCCAUGGCAUGACGCAGCUCAUGCUUCCGUACUCGCUCGAGGAAGUCUCGCACGGCUUCUGGCUCGCUGACAAGACGUUUGUGCAGGUGGACCACGGCGUCGACACGCACUUUGAGGCGCUCGCGACGACGCCCGACCUCGCGUACGCGCAAGAAGACAUGGGCCCCGCGGACCAAACCAUAGUGGAUCGGACGCUCUACGGGCGGUUUUACGAAGACGACAAGGUCGUGAUUGUCAUGCGCUCGGUCCUGCACGACGCGGCGUUUCCUGUCACUGACGACGCGUGGACCGUCGACACAAGACAGUGGGUCGUCGCCGAACGUGUGAACGCCCAUUGGACGCGGUUGCGGACCUACUACCGGCUACUGCACCCGUGCACACGCGUCGGGUUUGUGCCCAUCCAGACGUUUGCCCAGUGCGUUAAAGUCCACUCUACCUCGGACGACGACGCAGCGCGCCAGCUACAAGACAAAUUUAAGCGCCAGCAGCGCGACCAGCGCCGCCGGUUCGAGGCCCAUUUGCACCACGUCCUCGCGCGCCGCCGAGCUAGCCGAACCUCGUAAA